GAAUUCUAAUCAUUUCUUGCAGAACAGUUAGAACAAGGACGAUUAUGUAUUUCAAGAUUCUUUUGGCGAUUUCAGUUCUUUUGUGUGGCGCUCAAAGACAAAGCAUUGAAGCAACAACAGCCCAAGCAUCUUCAUGUGGAUUUAAUGCUGUUGCCACUUCAACCAGUCAGCCAAUCACAUCACCUAAUUAUCCCAACAAUUAUCCAAACAAUGUCGAUUGUACUUGGACGAUAACUGCCUCUGAUGGAAUGAGAAUUCAACUUAAUUUGAUAAGAUUUUCAACCGAAAGAAAUUAUGAUUAUUUAACUAUUUUAAGCGGCGUUACACAGUUGGCAAAGUUAUGUGGAUCGCAUUCGAACAGAAUGUAUAUAUCAAAUGGCAAGACUCUAACCCUAAGAAUCACAUCAGACAAUAUAUUUACCAUGUCCGGCUUUAACGCAACUUUUAACGAGUACCAGUACAUCACAACAACCCCAACUUCUACCUUGCUAUGCGGAUUCAAUGCUGUUGCCACUUCAACCAGUCAGCCAAUCACAUCACCUAAUUAUCCCAACAAUUAUCCAAACAAUGUCGAUUGUACUUGGACGAUAACUGCCUCUGAUGGAAUGAGGGUUCAACUCAAUUUGAUAAGAUUUUCAACUGAAAGAAGUUAUGAUUAUUUAACUAUUUCAAGUGAUGGUACACAGUUGGCAAGAAACAGCGGAAUUUAUUCAAACAGAAUAUAUACAUCAAUUGGCAAUACUCUCACUUUAAGAUUCACUUCAGAUAGGUCUGUCACUAAAACUGGAUUUAAUGCAACUUUUGUUGUUGUCUAAUGGACCAGAUAGGGGCCGCAAAAACAAGAUAUUUCCAACGUUCUGAAGUGAGCCAAUGUCUUUUAUCCAUUGUUUAACAAUUUCAUUUCAAAAUUUCUUUCAUAUCAUUUUUCAACUUCUAAGCUAUACCAAUUUUUU